AGUUUCUGUUAUCUUAAAUCUAGGGUUACCGGAGAUAGCCAAAGCUCAUUCCCUAGUCUGCAGAGAAAAGAAAAUAGAAAAAAAUAAAAAUCACAGCCGUUGAAGUUCCUUUCGCAUGCAAUAUCUCUUCUCAUCCGCAUCUCGUUAUCUGUCAUCGUCAUCAUCAUCUCUUACUCUACGCCGUUUCUUCACUUCUUCACUCAAAACAAUGGAUUCCGCAGAAGAACUACUUCGUAAAACCCUAGCCGAAAAACUAACACUAAUCGAAUCUCAAGGCAACGUGGUUCGUGAUUUGAAGUCAUCAUCUGCUAUCAAGACGCUUAAUUCACUGAAACUUGAGAAAUCAUCAAUUGAACAACAAUUGUUGGCGUCUUCUGACGGGAGUAGUGUUGGUGGUGUGAAUAAAGAGGUGUUUAGGAAGAAUCUAGUGAAUACAUUAGAGAGGAGAUUGUUUUAUAUACCUAGUUUUAAGAUCUAUAGUGGUGUUGCUGGGUUGUAUGAUUAUGGUCCUCCUGGUUGUGCUGUUAAAUCUAAUGUUCUUGCCUUCUGGCGUCAGCACUUUGUACUGGAGGAGAAUAUGUUGGAAGUUGAUUGCCCUUGUGUUACACCUGAAGUUGUCCUUAAGGCAUCAGGCCAUGUUGAAAAAUUUACUGAUCUUAUGGUCAAAGAUGAGAAAACUGGAACAUGUUACCGUGCAGACCAUUUGUUAAAGGAUUUUUGCAAGGAGAAGCUUGAGAAGGAUCUUAGUCUGUCUAUAGAGAAGGUUCAAGAGCUUAAACACGAUCUUGCUAUGUUGGAUGAUUUCUCUCCUGAACAAUUGGGUUCAAAGAUUAAGGAGUAUGGGAUAGUUGCUCCAGAUACAAAGAACCCUCUUUCUGAUCCUUACCCAUUCAACUUGAUGUUUCAGACGUCAAUUGGCCCAUCUGGCAUGAUCCCUGGUUACAUGCGACCUGAGACCGCGCAAGGCAUAUUUGUGAACUUCAAGGACUUGUAUUACUACAAUGGAAGCAAACUCCCCUUUGCUGCAGCUCAGAUUGGCCAGGCUUUCAGAAAUGAGAUAUCUCCUCGCCAAGGUCUUCUCCGAGUUCGUGAAUUCACUCUAGCUGAGAUUGAGCAUUUCGUCGACCCAGAGGACAAAUCUCAUCCCAAGUAUAGCGAGGUUGUAGACUUGGAAUUCUUGAUGUUUCCUAGGGAUGAACAAAUGACGGGGAAGGAUGCUGUUAAACUUCGCCUUGGUGAUGCAGUAUCAAACGGAACUGUGAACAAUGAAACUCUUGGUUACUUCAUUGGGAGGGUAUAUCUAUUCCUUACACGCCUUGGGAUUAGUAAAGAACGUCUACGAUUUCGCCAGCAUCUUGCAAAUGAGAUGGCCCACUAUGCUGCUGACUGUUGGGAUGCUGAGAUUGAGUGCUCCUAUGGCUGGAUAGAGUGUGUUGGUAUUGCAGAUAGAUCUGCAUACGAUCUACGCGCGCACUCGGAAAAAAGUGGUACUCCUCUUGUUGCUCAUGAGAAGUUCUCAGUACCAAAAGAAGUGGAGAAACUGGUUAUUACUCCAGUGAAGAAGGAGCUAGGUCUUGCAUUCAAGGGUAACCAAAAGAAGAUAGUGGAAGCAUUAGAGGCCAUGGAUGAAAAAGAGGCUAUGGAAGUGAAAGCUGCUUUGGAAUCAAAAGGGGAGGUGGAGUUCCAAGUAUGCACUCUAGGGAAGGCUGUCACCAUUAAAUCGAACAUGAUCUCAAUUUCCAAGGAGAUAAAGAAAGAACACCAGAGGGUCUUCACACCAUCUGUGAUUGAGCCUUCUUUUGGUAUUGGGCGGAUAAUUUACUGCCUCUUUGAGCAUUCAUUCUACACGAGGCCAAGCAAAGCAGGGGAUGAACAGUUGAAUGUGUUUAGUUUCCCCCCUGUUGUAGCUCCCAUCAAGUGCACUGUCUUUCCACUUGUUCAGAAUCCAGAAUACGAGGCAGUCGCCAAACAAAUCUCAAAAUCACUAACUGCUGCUGGAAUCUCUCACAGAAUUGACAUAACAGGCACAUCAAUUGGGAAACGAUAUGCAAGAACAGAUGAACUUGGUGUACCAUUUGCCAUUACUGUUGAUACUACUACAACAGUGACUAUCCGGGAAAGAGACAGCAAGGAUCAAAUCCGUGUAGAAAUCGAGAAGGUGGCAUCCGUGGUGCGGGAUGUUACUGAUGGAGUAAGAACUUGGGCAGAUAUCCAGUGGGAGUACCCAUCUCAUUCAAGUAUGUCAACUGCAGAUGAGUGAUUCAAGCAUAAUAGGGCAAGCAGAGCCGUCUUGUAGACCAGGCCAUCUAGGCUUGAUUGUUUUUUUGUUUUGUUUUUUGAAGCAUUAGAUGUUGUUUGUACUGUAGGCACCUUCUACUGCUUUCCGGUUCCAUCUAGCUAUCUACUUUUGCACACUUUUAUCUAAGAACAUUAUAAUUUAAUGUAUUGAGUAAUUUCAUCAAACUAAUUUGGGUGUCUUCUUUCGUGGUAAAUUCAUAUAAAAUUUGA